AUGGAGAACUCAAGCGUGGUGGUCACUGAUGUUCCAACUGCUGGCCUAACAGAAUUCCUCAACUUCACCAUGAAUGACACCAUCUCCCGACUCUACGAAGGGUUCACAGAUGAGCUCGCCAUGACAGAAUUACGCGUAACGAACGACCCGGGAUCUCUGAAAGUCAACACUCUAAGGACUGCGUUUGCUGCUGGGCUUCGGGCUAAGCUGCCACCGACGGAACCUGCUCACUUGGUGGUUGCUUUUUGGGAUUCCCCGCUAAGUCACGGAAUCAAUGUGUUUGUAGGGAUUGUCUUGUGUUUCACCAUGCUGGGCCUAGGGUGUACGGUAGAUGUGAGUCAGCUUGGGGAACAUAUCCGCAGACCCAUCGGGGUUCUGCUGGCGCUAGUGUGCCAGUUUGUUAUCAUGCCCCUGGUCGCCUUCCUGCUUGCUUUGGCAUUCUCUCUCGACGAUGUGGCGGCUAUGGCCGUGCUACUGUGUGGCUGCUGUCCAGGAGGAAACCUAUCUAACAUCAUGUCGUUAUUAGUGAACGGGGAGAUGAAUCUGAGCAUCAUCAUGACCAUUUCCUCCACGGUCCUAGCGCUGGUUCUGAUGCCUCUAUGUCUGUGGAUAUAUAGCCGCGCCUGGAUCAACACCCCGGUGGUCAACCUGAUGCCGUUCGGCGCGAUCAUCCUCACCCUCUGUAGCACGCUCAUCCCAAUUGGCCUGGGGGUUGUGCUCCGGUACCGUUACAACCGGGCGGCGGACAUCGUUUUAAAGUUGUCUCUGUGGUCUCUGCUGGUGACCCUGGUGAUGCUGUUCAUCAUGACGGGGGCCAUGUUGGGGCCAGAGCUGCUGGCCACCAUCCCUCCGUCUGUCUAUGUGGUGGCUGUCCUGAUGCCUGCCUGUGGCUACGCCGCAGGCUACGGCCUGGCCACCCUCUUCGAUCUCCCGCCCAACAUCCGCAGGACCGUGUCCCUGGAGACCGGGUGCCAGAACGUGCAGCUCUGCACAGCCAUCCUGAAGAUGGCCUUUCCACCACAGCUGAUGGGGGGCAUGUAUAUGUUCCCUCUGCUCUACGCCCUCUUCCAGGCCGCCGAGGCCGGCAUCAUCAUCCUGGCCUACCGGAUGUACAGGAAAGAGGUUUUACACAAACCAGACACAAUCCCACCAGGGGACAACAGAGAUAUUGGAUAUAAUAGGUUUGAAGACGAGGAUAUGGGUUUUGACACUUCUUACGGGGCGGUCACCACGAGUGACCCAAAUCUCAUCAUGCUGGAGCCUUGUCCUGACUCUACUCCUGUUUAG